UUAUAUAGCGAAAUCCGCGCUUGGCGUGUUCGUGUAGUAAAUCAUCUCUCAGUCUCUCAGUCAGAUCAGCAGCUCUCUGUCUCUUUCUCUCUCUCCGUGUGUGUUGUGCUGAGCGAUGCUGAAUGCUGUUCAAUGUUGCGUAACACGGAGGUGAACGUAAGGCGAGGCAUAGCAGCGCCCAGCUGGACAUGUGUGUGUCGCACGAGCUCCCGUCUGAUGUGACGUUUAUACCUGCUCACGGGCACCCACGUCGCGACGACUCGAGUAUGCGAUCGGAUUUCAGUUGACAUUUCGAUCCGUCUGUGAAUACUUGAGUUAACCAAGAGCAUUCGAGUGAACGUGAUCAGAAGCAGCACCAGCAGCAGCACCACUACCACAAGCAGCAGCUCCACCAACAUCACCAGCAGCAGCAUCAACAGUAGCAGCAGCAGCACCACUACCCCAAGCAGCAGCACCACCAGUAGCACCACCACCACCACCACCACCACCACCACCACCACCAGCAGCAGCGAUGGGCGGUGGCAGGGAGGUGGACACCUACUCCAACUGCUCGUCGGCGCUCUCCGUCAAUUCGGAGAGCAAGAAGCGCGGCCUAUCGCGCUUCUCGCUGCGCCAGAUCUUGCGGCGGCCGUCCGACCGCAAGUCUCGGCGCGCGGCGGCGGCGGCGCGGGGAGCCAACCCGAGCGGCGCCGGCACGCCGUCGUCGCCCUCGACCCGCAACUCGACGCCGCGCCUUCCCGGCGGCGCCCCCUCGCGGCGCGCGGACGAGACUCCCGCCGGCGAACCGGUCGUCGUCGCCGCAGCCGCGGUUGCCGUCGGCGACGGCGGCGAGGACUCGACGCUCGAGUGCCCGCUGUGCCUGAGCGAGCAGCGGCGCGGCGACUUUGCGGCGCUGUCGACGUGCGACCACCGCGCGUGCGCCGCCUGCCUGCGCCGCUACCUGACGAUCGAGAUCACGGAGUCGCGCGUGAACGUCGCGUGCCCGUCCUGCGCCGAGCGCCUGCACCCGACCGACAUCCGGCGCGCGCUCGCCGACGACGCGAUCAUGUGCAAGUACGAGGAGUUUGCGCUGCGCCGCUACCUCGCGACGGAACCCGACGCGCGCUGGUGCCCGGCGCCCGACUGCGGCUUGAUAUUAUCCCCAUGUCCGCAAUGCCAGGCUUACAUCAUGAAGAUGGACGACGGUUCAUGCAAUCACAUGACCUGCGCGGUGUGCGGCUCCGAAUUCUGCUGGCUGUGCAUGAAGGAAAUCUCUGACCUGCACUAUCUCAGCCCGUCGGGAUGCACCUUCUGGGGAAAGAAGCCAUGGAGCCGGAAGAAGAAGAUCCUAUGGCAGCUGGGAACGCUCGUGGGGGCGCCGGUGGGCAUCGCGCUCAUCGCCGGAGUCUCGGUGCCGGCAAUCAUCAUCGGCAUGCCCGUCUGGGUCGGACGAAAGCUCAACAACAAGUAUAGACAGGCGCCAAAACACAAGCGCAACCUGUACGUGGUGGGAGGAGUGACAGCGUCCGUGAUCGUCUCGCCCGUUCUCGCCGGUCUAGCCGUCGGUAUUGGCGUGCCGAUCCUGCUCGCCUACGUCUACGGCGUCGUGCCGAUCUCGCUGUGCCGGUCCGGAGGCUGCGGAGUGUCGACGUCAUCGUCCGGCGGCGUGCGCAUGAAGUUCGACGACGACAACGACACGCUCGCGGGCGGCGUUUCCACGGCGACAGACGCGCGCAGCAUGUCGAACCACAACGUCGCCAACCCGAGCAUCGGCGAGGUGUCCAUGAUGACGGUGAGCAGCGGACAGAUGGACCGCGUCGGCGUCGGCGCGGUGACGCUGCUGCGCGGCGUGCGGGGCGGCGAGGAUGGGGAGGACGACCACGACAGCGCGAGCAACGUCGCCAUCGCCGGCGAGAGCCUCACGGGAAGCCUGUGCGGCAGCACGUGCACGGCGCCCGGCCCCAGCGGCUACCACAACAGGUUAGACGUACACUCAGAGUUCCAGCCGAACAAGAGAUUCAGUUUGAGCAGUGAGUCGGCGACGGCCAGCCUGAGCGAACGCUGCUCCACCACCACCGUCUCGCUGGGUGACAACGCAAGUACGUGUGCACUAGCUGGAUCCAUAGCUAGCCAGUCGCUUAGGCCGGACAAGGCGGACAGCGUCAGUAAGUACUGCAUGGUGAUGGAGGUCCACGCCGACGUCGAGAAACACGAGCGUGCCGCUUCCGCGCGCCGCAACCAGGAGUCGCCACAGUCAAUCCGCUCGAGUCGCUCGGUGUCGUCGCGGCGAUCGUACGAGGUGCGCGGCGGCCGCAAGUCCGGCGCCGCCGGCGCGGCGAAGCGUCGCAGCGUCAGCAUCGAGGACCGGCUGUGCGAGCGCGCGUCUGCCGUCGACGUCGCCACGACGAUGCGCCGCGCCGCGCUCAAGUACAGCCACAGCAGCGUAGAGGGCGCCGCUCGCCGCGACUUUGGCGCGUGCGACGUGGUCGCCGGGGCGACGCGCAUGCAGCAGUGGGAUCGCGGCGAGGCGGAGGCGGCGGUGACGUCACGCGACGCGGGCGGCAAGAAGCUCGUCAAGAGCCGGAAGGUUCAUGAUCAGCAGGAGAUGUGCGGAAGCAGCAGCAAGCUGACUAUAUCUGUAACUAGACUGGUGUAGAUACCGGCAUCUAUUACGUUAUCUAGUUCUAUAUUGGUAUGUAUGUAUGCGCACCAACGUCGGACGGACGUGAGGUGCGUCGAACGUUGAAGAGUGCGCCACGGCGACGCAGCGAGCGACGCGUGCGUUCGUCGUGACACGUGCGACUGGUCGCCACAGCGACGUGACGCAUGCGCAGCAGCGCGGAGAGAACAGCGUCGACAUUCGACCGCAGAACUCUCAUCGACGGAACUCCCGGAACCAGGUGCUACGGCUAGCCGCCGCCACCGCGUCGCACGCUCGCACGCUCGCUCGCGCGUUUCCUGGCGAGGUUUAAUGCUUUUGUGGGUAUUUGGCAGCAGCGUCGGCGUCGGACGCGUUAGAACGGUGAUCGCCGCGGCGACUACCUACCGCCUACCGCUCAAAGCAUUCCUCGCGCUUUAGCGUUGCAGACGUUUGGCAUUCGGUUUCACAGCGCCAUCUACUGGAGGCAGAAGGAACGGCUGCUUGCCUUCAUGCCUUAUUAGCAGUGUUUAAGUAUGUGGGCGUCCUUUAUAGUUCUGUAGUCGCUAUCGGAUUGUGCUCAAUGUGUGAAGCCCACUGAUGUCCACGGACGCCUUGUGCUAGCGGGGGAAUUAGCGUUAGUUCGCGUCUGCGUGCGAGGAUUGUGCUUUUGUAAUUUUAUGGCAAUUAUAUACCCGUGUUAGCAAGAGGUCAGUUGGAAUUUUAUUUUUCGUUUGAUGUGCAGUUGUCGUUUGUCAGUCUUUGCUGUCGUACGUAUGCCAGUCACACGAUCGACCUAUCUGCUUUGCGGGGGGGUGGCAUUCUAAAAACGCUGCUUGGUGACGAAGCGUCACAUACAAAUCGGUCCUGCUUGAUGUAGCAAGGUGCCCCCACAUCAAUAUCCGGUAGGUGCUAUCUUGCUCAGCUGAAUAGGUCGCUUACAUACACCGUGCUAUAUCGGGCGUGAUGCCGCCUGUUUGAUUACACAAACCUCGCUUGAGUCACGACAUAUAUAUACAGUAUAUUAUAUAUAUAUAUCUGUACAUACAUGCGAAUUUGCUCACACAUCCGAGAAGGUGGAGGGAGAUGUGAGCGUAUACUUUGUGUACAUGUUUAAGACGUGUACUUGGCGUAUCUCUCUCUCUUUGUACAGUCAGUCAGUCAGUCAGUCAUUCACAACAGUUGUCAGGAAUGUAUAGUUUGCGGCGCGUAAGAUAAUGUUUUUUUGUAAACCGACGUGUGCGUGCGUGCGUGCGUGCGGUCAUUCAGUCCUGGCUAUGUCGCAUGUAUCCAGCAAGCAGUGCCUGCUACUGACUGGCGGCGUGCGACUUCCCUUAGCAGUGUAAAUGUCGUCUAAAGUUGUCUCCUUGGUUGGUCGAACAUUUAAAUGUGUGCUGUUAAUGCCAGUGUAGGGGGCAAGAGUAGUGGGUAGCGGUUAGACUUUAGCGUAAAGGAGCGGAACUAUACGUACAAUUGCUAAGUCGUAGGAGUUCAGUACGAGUUUUGUGAUAGAAUUCUACGAGGGGAAAUUUCUGCCAGUGUCCAACGCCCAAUUCUCUGAAUGAGCCACUUGGUGGCAGCACAUGCUCAAAUAUACGUCAUGCGUGUUGUGCAGUGCCAACCGAUAUUCUUCUGUAUUGGGAAAUAAAUGUCCCAUAGAAUAAUAAUCUGAGUUUUGGAUUUCAGUUAGUUGGCAGAGGCGGUUUUGCGCGCCAGAAAACAGGAAUAAUAGCGCAUAUGGAACUUGUGCAAUUAAGUUGUUAUUGCAGUCUAGCAUUAUCAAUAACGAAUGUAUACGUAUGUAUAGCUUAUAAGAAUAAAGUGUAUAAUUGUGUAUUUGUAA